CCCAUCACUCUCAACAUCCCAGCACACAUCAACUGCUCCUGGAACCUGGCCAUAGCCUUUCCGCCUAUCCAAGCAAGCUCUCUCUUCUUCUCAACAUUCGGUCAGGGUAUCGCAACUCGAGACAAGGACUGUCACAUCCACCAGCAUCAGCAAAAACAAGACCUCGUGCAUCUCGAAAUGUCGAAGCUUUUCAUUGGCGGCCUGGCCUGGCACACCGAAGAGGCCACUCUUCGCCAAAAGUUUGAGGAGUUUGGCGCUGUUGAGGAAGCGGUUGUUGUGAAGGAUCGAGAUACCGGCCGCAGCCGUGGCUUUGGCUUCGUGCGAUUCGUGCAAGAAGCUGAUGCCCAAGCUGCUAUUGACGCCAUGAACAAUGUCGAGUUUGACGGGCGAACCAUUCGUGUUGAUAAGGCAUCCGAUAAUGGCCCUCGAGGCGGAGGAGGAUUUGGCAAUCGUGGCAACGGCCAAUCUUACGGAGGCCGUGGUGGCUACGGAGCACCGGCAUACGGAGGAGCACCUGGUUAUGGCGCUCCAAACAUGUAUCAACAGGCCUCGUAUGGUCGUGGGUACCAACAGCAGCAGCCUCAAUAUGGCAUGCCUCCGCAAGGAUACGGUGCCCCAGCCCAGUAUGCCAACUACCAGAAUGGUCCUCAGCAGCCGCCGCAGCCUCCUCAGCAAGGCGGCGGAUCCUACUAAACAAGUCCAAUAAAGCCGCCGCAGAUUCUCAUCCAAAGUCUUCCCGUUUUCCCACAGAGAGAGGUUUAGAGCCCUUCCAGAGCCGCAAUAUCGAAGAAUAAGGACCUAGGCGUGUUCUUCUGGUUUCGCGAGCGGCAUCUUCCAGAAGUCCCAAAACGGAACAUCUAUGAGCGUUCAAGAUAUACCCCGGAUUUGUGUUUCUUUCGAUAUAUGGAUGAGCUGUUCGGCUUUUUUAUUAAGAUUGCUCGACGAGAAGCUAUUUGGAGAGGGAGGAUUUCUUUUUUCAUCUUUUUUUCACUGCCGAUAUUUUACUUGUCCCAUCUUGUGCUUUUGGAAUCCAAAAAGAAAGGGGAGUGGUUCUUGCACCAUCGUUUGUGGGAGGGACUGGCCGGGAUCACGGACUAAGGACAAGGGAGAGAUUUCUGGUAGAGAUAUCUGGGGGGAAUAUUGGAACCAUAUAUGUGGGCCACGUUUCUAAAGAGAGGCCAACUAUAAGAUUGGCGACGUUAAUGACGGGCUAUGAUUAAUAUCUAAGUCGGCCAGUGUGACAGAUGGGGCGGCAUUUCUAUCAUUAGGAGUGAGGAAAAAAAAAAGCAUUUGCGUUCAGUGCGACUCGUUGAAGUUUUCGUCCUUGUCUUUUGUGUGCCUUGUUUAUGCAACAACUUUUUCGAUCUCCUCCGCUUCUUGUGUGCUGGCGUCUUGUUUGAAAUUGGAAACGGGGUCCAGAUCUUGGGGAGCUUUCAUGGAUCCAUUGGCGGCGAGUUCAAGAGCCCUCACGCGGCGCGCAAGAUCACUAACGUGGACAUCUUCACUCUCCGGACAGAGCUCAGCCAGGGCUGUAUCGAGGCCGAAGAGAUAGUCCUUGUUCAGCCCGCUAGGGCCACGGCUGCGCAAGAUGUGCUCGGCAAGCUUCUGGGGAUCUUGAGGGCCGACAAAUUGCUCGUUAUCAGGCGUGCCAAUGUAGACGAGCGUUCGGAUGGGAGAAGAGCCGUCGGCAGGAUGGAAUGG